AUGGCAGCCUCAAAUCUCCUCCCUCAUCAAUCCUCUUCAGCCUUUUCCUCAAAAUCCCUUGUUAGUUUCUCUCCAAAUCCCGUCUGCGCAAACCGCAUUCUACCAUUCAAGCUCAAAUCCAUAUCCCGAAACUUAACUACUUCUAUGCGGGCUGCCUGUUUGCCAAAAGCCGUUGUAUCCCCAUCAGAACCCAAUACCCAGAAAUUCGAGCAUUGUUUCAGGAAAUCCGAUGAUGGAUUCUUGUACUGCGAGGGGGUUAAGGUUGAAGAAAUCAUGGAGGUGGUCGACAGAAGGCCAUUCUAUUUGUACAGCAAGCCCCAGAUUACGAGGAAUGUCGAGGCGUAUAAAGAGGCGCUGGAGGGUUUGAGCUCGAUUAUAGGUUACGCGAUUAAGGCGAAUAAUAAUCUCAAGAUUUUGGAGCAUUUGCAGAGGUUGGGGUGUGGGGCUGUUUUGGUCAGUGGGAAUGAGCUUAAGUUGGCUCUGCGUGCUGGUUUUGAUCCAACAAGGUGUGUCUUUAAUGGAAAUGGGAAAAUUGUGGAGGAUUUGGUGUUGGCUGCCCAAGAAGGUGUGUUUGUGAACAUUGACAGUGAGUUUGACUUGGAAAACAUUGUCCAUGCCGCAAGAAUUGCUGGAAAGAAGGUCAAUGUGUUGCUACGUAUUAAUCCUGAUGUUGAUCCUCAGGUCCAUCCAUAUGUUGCCACCGGAAAUAAGAAUUCAAAGUUCGGUAUUAGAAACGAGAAGCUUCAGUGGUUUUUAGAUGCUGUGAAAGCACACCCUAAGGAAUUGGAACUCGUUGGUGCCCACUGUCAUCUUGGUUCUACCAUCACUAAGGUAGACAUUUUCAGAGAUGCUGCUGUUUUAAUGGUGAAUUACAUUGACGAGAUUCGUUCGCAAGGUUUUGAAAUAAGUUAUUUGAAUAUUGGAGGCGGUCUGGGGAUUGAUUAUUAUCAUACAGGAGCUGUCCUUCCUACUCCUAGAGACCUUAUAGACACUGUCCGCGAAUUGGUCCUUUCACGAAAUCUCAAUCUCAUAAUCGAACCUGGAAGAUCACUCAUUGCCAACACAUGCUGCUUUGUCAACCAUGUCACUGGAGUAAAAACUAACGGGACAAAAAAUUUCAUUGUGGUUGAUGGCAGCAUGGCAGAGCUUAUUCGUCCAAGUUUAUACGGAGCUUACCAGCAUAUUGAGCUGGUUUCGCCUACACCACCGGAUGCUGAGAUAUCCACUUUUGAUGUGGUGGGUCCCGUCUGUGAAUCUGCCGAUUUCUUGGGUAAAGACAGGGAACUACCUGCACCACCUAAGGGUGCUGGAUUGGUGGUGCAUGAUGCUGGUGCUUACUGCAUGAGCAUGGCUUCGACUUACAAUCUCAAGAUGCGUCCACCUGAGUACUGGGUUGAAGAUGACGGGACCAUAUCCAAAAUCCGACAGGGGGAAACAUUUGAAGACCAUUUGAGGUUUUUUGAGGGUCUUUGA